UUGGUAAGAUUAGCCUCUGAAAGUCCUGAAUUCAGAUCUUAACUUAUGCUAAAGUUUGCCUUGAAUUCGUUCUUUUUUCAGACAACUACAGGUUAUGCAUACGCAGUUCCAGUCACAACUUUGGGUCAAUGUUUUGCUAUAAUUUAUGGAUUAAUCGGAAUUCCUUUGAUGGUUUUGGCAGCUGUUGAUUUUGGUCGAUUUUUAUCGCAUAUUGUUUUGGAUAUGUAUUCGAAGUAUCUGGAUUUAUUGCAUAAAUUUAGGAAUUUCAAAAAACGAGCUUUUAAGAGGUAUUUUGGUUUGUUUUGAUUGAAAAUUUUCGGCAUUGUGAAAAAAUCCCAAGAGAAAAAUCCUAAUUAUAACAAAGAAACCGUUUUGAAAAUCUGGGUUUUUGGUGAGAAAAUUGAGGGUUUCAAUUCAAUUUUUCAAAAAUUAAUUUCCAUUUAAAAAAUAUUCUGAAAACUAAGUCUUCAAAAAUUUCAAAUUACAGUAAUCUGAAAUUUCGAAAUAAAUUAGCAAAGAAAAAAUUACAGUAAUCUGAAAUUUCCAAAUAAAAGAACAAUGAAACUAAUUUUAUUUUUGCAGUCGUCGAAACAGUGAAAAUGAUCGUCUCUCAGCAUUCAAAAGACUUGUCCAAGAAAACACUCCAAUUUCCGAAACACCAAAAGAAAUCAAUCGAAUUGAAGAAGAACAAACAACAAGUUCAGAUGAAUCCGAUGAAAAACGACUUCCUUUGGUUAUAAAUGCAUCAAUUCUUCUAAUUUUCUGUAUGCUUGGAGGUGUUUUGUAUAUUGCAGCUGGAGCAAGAGCGACAUUUAUUGAAGCAUUCUUUUUGACUUUCAAUUUGGUGGCGAAUUUAACAAUGAGUGAGAUGCCGGAUGAAUUGAACCAUAUUUUGACGAUUUUGUAUAUUUUUGUAUUUGUUACUUGUGGUGAGUGAGAACUUUAUAUUUUGAGAGGGAAAACUGAUUUAAUUUUUUUCGUUUUGUAGUUUGAAUAGAACAUCCCAAGAGAUAAAUACUCCAAGAUACAAAAGUGCACAGCUUACUGAAAAUUAAAAUACUGUAGUGCUUCCAAAAACAAUAUUUUUGAAUUACGAUUUGGAGUUCAGGAGGUUCUGAGAAAUUUUGAAAUAUUUUAGAAAAACAUUUCCAGACUUCGGCUUGAAACAGCAAUCUAAAUCUGAAAGAUAUAAAUCAAAUUUUUGUGAAAAUUUCUGAAAAAGCUAUUCCAUGUUCCAAAUAAAGUUUUCUACUGAAAAUCGUAUUUUCCAGGCGUGGCUGUAUUAUCAAUGAGUGCCGAAUUAGCCGCAUUAGAAUUGAAAGAACUCUUCAUGAAGAUUCACUAUUUUGGUCGAAAAAUCAAUUUCUCCCGAAAUCGCUCGAAAAAACAACAAAUGGAUGUGCAAGUCAAAGAGUUGCUCAAAAUUAUUGAAGAAAUUCGGAAAAGAUAUCCAGAUAAGGAGAAAAUCACAACACUUGAUAUUUUGGAGGUACUUAAACUAUUGAUUUCUUCCCAAAAAAACUAAUCUCAAAAAACGAUAAAUAUUCAAAAAAAAUUACAGUAUAUGCACGAGAAUACGUUGAAUGAAAAGCUGAACGAAAGAAGAGAUACAAUUGCAUUUAUGCCACAAACAAUGGAAAUGAUCAAAUUUGCGGAUGAACAAGAUUUGGAAGAGAGAAGUGUUUCGAGAAGAGAAGAUUUGCCUACUGUUGGAGAAAUUACAUCGUGAGUUUUUGAAUCGUGUCCGAAGAAUCUGGAAAGAAGAAACAUUCUGCUUCCAGAAAAAAAUCAAAUCUAGUUUUUUGUUUAUUCAAUUUUUUGGGCUCGACUUUGAUCUUUAAAAAUGAGUAUCAGAAUUGAUUCCAUUUCUGCGUCUGAUCUGUAUUUUUCAGAAAACUAUCAACUGUAAUUGAUGUUAUGACAUUUUCACCGGAAGAAAAUAUGGAGAAGCGAUUCAAAAAAGAGAUUCGAAAAUAUACAACCGAAAUCAAAUAUUUGAAUCGACAACCAACUACUAAAAAAGCCAAAGUUGUGAAUAUCUGA